UGAUCCUGGAUAGUAGGACCAGACACUAAUAUUGUAUCCAUAGAUCCUGAAACCUGCCGAAAAGAAACAAAAGUACGUACCGAAGUUCAGCAACAGCAGACCGUCAACUCCUCGUAGCAAAGGAGCUUGAUCUUUUCCUUUCAGUCACUCAUUCAGAACAAAUGCCAACAAUCAUUACAGCAGGUUUGGACGCCGAUAGACAGCGACAUCUCGACAGCCCUCCCGAGUCCCGACGCCGAUCUAAUUUUGCGAGUCCGACCCCAGCAUAUUCGAAAUCGCCUUCGCACCCAUGGCAACCCAAUUACUCUUCGACAUUUGUACGCCAACACCCCUUUCCCAGUCUUUGUAUGCGAGAGCGGCGCAUCACAUUCUGUAACGAGUACCACGAUUGCGAACUGCCUCGGCACUACCAACGGCGCUUUAGACGGUCUGACGCACUUCGCUUUGCCUCUCGUGCUCGCCGGCGAAACAAGAGGUUGAAGAUCAGAGGUCGUUUGCUGUGUUCGGAAGGACAGAAAAGAGGACAUGACUUACGGCUGCGCUACGAUCACGGUUGUCACAUCGGCUACGGUUUCGCAUGGCUUUCUCUCAAUACGUUGACAUUCUUGAUCUGGGCUGCGUGGUGUGGGAGCAUUUGGAAGUCUCAUGGGUGGGCCUCAUCAGCGGGCUUGUUUCUACGUUUGGUCCCCACUCUGUUUCGGGCGGAGGACGAGGCUUCAACACUCGAUCGAUAAUGUCUGUCAUUUCUUUACUUUGUCACGUUCAAUGAGCAACCCUUUGGGGAUGUAAGCUAUGAAAGCGGUUCACGCGUAUGCAUCAUUUAUCAUGCGUCUGGGUGCCUCUCGUUCCUCUCGUUGCUAUGCCGGUCACCAUGAUUCACACGGGUUUCUUUACUAUCAGACAGGUCUUCACAGCUCCCGUUCGACGCAAUGCAAUAUCUUUACACUC